AUGACCCGCCGCUAUCACAAUCAUGAGGUUUUACUCGCUACCUCUGAAUCGGAUAAGAAAAAAUGCAUGGAUGUACGCUACCAAGUCUUUAUUGUGGAGCAAAAAUACCCGGCCUACAUCGAAGUAAACGAACCCAUUGAUCCUAUUGCCGACCAUUUCUUGCUUAUUGCCAAUACCGUGGAUGGUGAUGAUUCGCAAGGAGCAGGAGCUGAAAAAGUACCCGUAGGUACAGUACGAAUGCAUAUCAAUGAUGAAGAAGGUGUAGCCAUCUUGAGUCGAUUGGCUGUCUUGUCAGAUGCUCGGGGUUGUUCCUAUGGAAAGAUUUUGGUACAAGCUGUCAUUGAAUGUGCAAAGACACGAGGCGUUCAAGCAUUGACCCUAAGUGCGCAGCAUUUCAAGGUGGAUUUCUAUAAGCACUUGGGCUUCCACAUUGAUAAUGAAGAGGUCUUUUACCGAUACGACGUUGCCCAUUAUCAUAUGCGACUGCCAUUAGAACCAUAA